AUGGAUGAAUUCAAGCAAAGCCAUUUCAGCCAUCCACACCCAUUGAAGCUCGUCGAUCAUCAGCAAACCCUAAACCUAAUAACUUCACCAUGUUCGGCAUGCAAGCUCGAACCCUCUGGUACGAUCUACUCGUGCACAAUCUGCAAAGACUUUUUCCUUCACAAGAAGUGCUUCGAAAUGCCGACGAAAUUGAUUCACCCUUUUCACAAGAAACACGCACUAACCCUAACGUCGAAGCCCACGUACGGGGAAAUGCUCUUCAGGUGCGAUGCAUGUCAACAACGAGGUGACGGAUUCUCCUACCAUUGCAAACCUUGCGGCUUCGAUUUGCACGUUCUCUGCGCCACGUUGCCAUUUUCCAUCACGCACGAAUCUCACGCGAUUCACAAGCUCGAACUUAUAACGUGUGAAUUAUCUAAAAGUAAGUUCAACUGUUCUAUAUGUAUGAAACUUGGGUUGCGCCAAUGGCUUUAUAGGUGUAAAUCAUGUGGGUUUGAUGCCCAUCUGAAAUGCGUGGGGCCCACCGGAGACGAUUCGUCGGUCAGCUCUCCUCAUACGCCAAAAGAGGCCACUAAUAAUGUGCAUCGGCCUUCUUUUGGAUCCGAGAAGAAUGAUUUGGCACUUUUGACCGUUCAGAAAAUGAUUGUUAACAGAAGUAAUGGCAUAGCUCAGGCAGUUCAGCAAAUGAUUGUCAACAAUAGUGACGCCAUAGCUCAGGGAAUACUGGCUUCCGGGAGCGGUAAUAUUGGAGGCCGAGGGUUUGGUGGUGGUAGUUCUGGAGAGAAGAGGGCAUUGCAAUUGCUGAUUGAAUUAAUAUGUAUACUUACUAACAGUGGCACUAGUGGUGCUGGCGGCCAAGACUCGGUAAACAACACUGGUGGUGGUGGUGGUGGUAGAACCGAUUCUGUACGAUCUUUACCGGGCAACGGAAAUGCAUGGUAUUGA